CGUCGGCCAUAUUGUGUCUGAGACAGCAGAAUAAUCUUACUACACUACCGAAAAGGAGGAAGAUUUCAACGACUCUUUCUAUUAAGAGUGGUUUGCUUCGCAGGUUUCAUCAAAGUAACGGUACAGAGGUGCCACACCUCCCUCACCUACCGGUGGCCCCCUGCCCUCAUCCACAACCCUACCCCUCCUCUGGUCCAGUCCUAUCCAGCUGCAGUGAAGUCCCACCCCUUACCUUGCCAAGCUGUCGGACAUGUCGGGUCCGGUUCCGAGUCGGGCGCGGGUCUACACAGAGGUCAACACACACCGUCCCCGCGAGUACUGGGACUACGAGUCCCAUGUGGUGGAGUGGGGAAACCAAGAUGACUUUCAGCUGGUGCGGAAACUGGGGAGGGGAAAAUACAGCGAAGUGUUUGAGGCCAUCAACAUCACCAACAAUGAGAAGGUGGUGGUCAAAAUCCUUAAGCCAGUGAAGAAGAAGAAGAUCAAGCGAGAGAUCAAGAUUCUGGAGAACUUGCGUGGAGGCCCAAAUAUCAUCUCUCUUAUAGACAUUGUGAAGGACCCUGUGUCUCGGACCCCAGCUUUGGUGUUUGAGCAUGUUAACAACACUGACUUCAAACAACUUUACCAGACGCUGACUGAUUAUGACAUUCGCUUCUACAUGUAUGAAAUCCUCAAGGCUCUGGAUUAUUGCCACAACAUGGGUAUCAUGCAUCGGGAUGUGAAGCCGCACAAUGUGAUGAUUGACCACGAGCACAGGAAGUUACGUUUGAUUGAUUGGGGCCUGGCUGAAUUCUAUCACCCUGGACAAGAGUACAACGUCCGAGUGGCCUCACGCUAUUUCAAAGGGCCAGAGCUUCUAGUGGAUUACCAGAUGUACGAUUACAGCCUGGACAUGUGGAGUCUGGGGUGUAUGCUAGCCAGUAUGAUCUUCAGGAAGGAACCCUUCUUCCAUGGCCAUGACAACUAUGAUCAGUUAGUGAGAAUAGCCAAGGUUCUGGGCACUGAGGACCUCUAUGAUUACAUUGACAAGUACAACAUUGAACUGGAGCCACGUUUCAAUGACAUUUUGGGAAGGCAUUCCCGCAAGCGGUGGGAGCGCUUUGUGCACAGUGAGAACCAGCAUCUGGUCAGUCCUGAAGCGCUCGACUUCCUGGACAAGCUGCUGCGCUAUGAUCACCAGGCACGGCUGACUGCACGUGAAGCCAUGGAGCACCCGUACUUCUACCCCAUUGUGAAGGACCAGUCUCGUAUGGCCGGGUCCACUAAUGUCCCUGCUGCCAACACAGCUGUAAGCACCGCCAGCAUGAUCACUGGCAUCGCUGCACUGCCCGCCUCCACCGCCUUGGGUCCACUGGCCGGCUCCCCCGUCCUGUCUGCUGCCAACAGCCUGAACGCCCCGGUGGCGGCGGCGGCCGGCGCCCCCCAGUGAGCGCCAGCGUGCCGUGCCGUGCCGUGCCCUACCCUGCCCGCCCACACACACCCACCCCCUUACUACAAAACCCCCUCCUCUGAGCCUUGGCACAGAGCGGGGCAAUGCCAACCUUUGCAGUGGUGACACUUUUCUUUUCCUGGGUCGUAUUGGGAGGAGGGUGUGAGGUGGUGUUUGGAAUCAGAAGACAGAGUUUCUGUGUGUGUGUGUGUGUGUGUGUGUGUGUGUGUGUGUGUGUGUGCGCGCGCGCAAGUGUGUGUGUCUGAGAUUCACAAGUUCUUAGUUGCUUGACAAAAAAAAUAAUGUGUCUGAUGGAUGCGUGUGUGUGUUGUAUGUUUAUGCUCCUGUUCUAUGAGACAUUACACACCCACAGAUGAGCUGUUCAGAAGAUUUUCCUUUUUUCCUAAUGG